AUUAGAUCACCUGCUGCCCACGCUGGAUUUUUCCAUCUACAUCACAGGCAGUAGCUCUGGACUUAACUUUGCACUUCUGUGUCUGGAAUGAAAAUUUUAUUGCACAUUAUGCAGCCUAAUGAGGACAUGCAUGGCAUCUAGGAUUAACCUCUGCUCUUGGUAGAGCUACCCUGAAGUCCACAUCCAUUUGAACCAGCCCCCUACAUCUGGAAAAGUCCAUGAUGUAAAUGUAACUUGUUUUUUCUUCUUUCCGUUUUUUUAAAACCUUCAACUUUCAGCCAUGAAUUUUAGAGGAUCUACCAGGAUCAACAUUUUGAUAGGUUGGAGUUAAAUUAUCUUUUUUGCUGGGACCGCUGGACAGUGCAGCAGUGGCUAUUGGGGCCGGCUGCUGUGGCGGUGGUGGGAGGACCUUAUUGCCUUGGAAUACAGGGAUAUAUUUACAAAACUGCACGCCACCAUGAGGAUAUCCACCACCACAUGUCUCUGUCCCUUUUUGGUUUGCCUCUGCUUCAUUCAGAGAUGUUCUGGGGCAAGCCACCAUGUCCCCACCAAAGUGCCCUCUAAGAACCAGACCAAACUGGCCAAUGGGGAGACAGAGGUGCACCACAGGCCCAAGCGGGGGUGGAUCUGGAACCAGUUCUUUGUUUUAGAAGAACACAUGGGACCAGAAGCUCAGUAUGUGGGAAAGCUUCACUCGAACUCGGAUAAAGGCGAUGGAUCCGUCAGGUACAUUCUGAGCGGAGAAGGAGCUGGGACUAUAUUUAUCAUUGAUGAGGUGACAGGAGAUAUUCAUGCCACUAAGAGCCUGGAUCGUGAAAGGAAAACACAUUAUGUCCUGCAUGCACAAGCCUUGGACCGCAACACAGAGGAGGCCCUAGAACCAAAGUCGGAAUUCAUAAUUAAAGUGCAAGACAUCAACGACAACGCACCUAAAUUUCCAAACGGACCCUUUGUAGCGACGGUGCCUGAGAUGUCUGAAGUGGGCACCUCUGUGAUGCAAGUUACAGCGACCGAYGCAGACGACCCUACCUAUGGAAACAGCGCCAAAAUAGUCUACAGCAUUUUACAAGGACAGCCAUAUUUCUCUGUGGACCCCAAAACAGAAAAUUACCAACUUUAUGUCCCUGAAUCUGCUCAAGUUGGGAAACCAGUAGGGAAGAUCAAAGCCAACGAUGAUGACCUUGGUGUCAAUGCAGACAUCAAGUAUAGCAUCAUAAACUCAGAGGGUGCCAAUAUGUUCUCAAUAUCUACUGACAGAGAAACAAGAGAGGGAAUCAUCAGUCUCAAAAAGAUAUUACUUGGACAGCAAAGAGGAUGGAGAAAGAUAUUUCAGAAUUGAUGAAAUCAGUGGAGUUAUACGUACAACACAGUCUCUGGACAGAGAAGACGUUGCAUGGCACAAUGUCACUGUGAUGGCCUCGGAGGUUGACAACCCCAGCCUUCUUAGACAAGUUCCGGUUACCGUCCAGGUUCUGGACAUGAAUGACAAUCCACCCGAAGUAGCAACCAACGAAGAAGUUAUUGUCUGUGAGAACUCAAGGCCCGACCAGGUGAUCCAGACCGUCACAGCAGUGGAUAAGGAUGACUUUGCCAAUGGACAGCGGUUUUCUUUUGCUUUGCCCAGCCAGCUACCAGUUAAUCCCAACUUCACCCUAAAAGACAAUGGAGACAGCUCAGCCAGCAUCCUUGCCAGAAGACGACGUUACAACCACCUGACACAGGAUCUGUACAAGCUGCCCAUUGUGGUGUGGGAUGGUGGGGAGCCAUCCUUAAGCGGCACCAGUACCCUGACCCUCCGAGUAUGUCCGUGUCAGCGUUACGGCAAGAUCCGGAUAUGCCAAGGCGAGGCGUUCCUCUCUUCUGCGGGUCUCAGUACGGGAGCUCUGAUUGCCAUCCUACUGUGCAUCAUCAUCUUGCUUGCGAUUGUGGUUCUGUUCAUCACACUGAGGAGGAGCAAGAAAGAGCCCCUUAUCAUUGCUGAAGAGGACAUCCGAGAAAACGUUGUGACUUAUGAUGACGAGGGUGGCGGCGAGGAGGACACGGAGGCGUUCGACAUCAUUGCUCUCCGUAACCCAACUGCYGCAGAGGAGCUCAAGUUCAGACGGGACAUCCGCCCAGAGGCGCUGAGUCAUUGUAGCCUGCCCCACAUCCACAGGAGCCCAUUGGUGGAGCUGAACGAAGUGGACGUGCACAAAUUCAUCAGACAGAGACUGGUGGAGGCYGAUAUGGACACCAGCGUACCGCCCUAUGACUCCCUUCAGACCUAUGCUUACGAGGGACAGGGCUCUUCUACGGGAUCUAUCAGUCCGUUGGACUCUCUUGGCACACAGUCGGAACAGGAGUAUAACUAUCUGAAUGAUUGGGGAAUCGAGUUUCAGAGGCUAGCAGAACUCUAUGAAGAGGCAGAGUCAGAUGUGACCACCUAGUCUGUGAUUCCACUUUUGUUCAAACCAAAUCUGUUUUAGAUCCCUUUUUUUCCCCCAGAAUUUCAGUGAAUGAACGCACGGACCAACAUCRCUGAAACAGUGUUCUUAAAUUUUACUGUUGAACUAAACUUUUUUUUUUCUUUUUGUUCAUUUGUUUGUUUUCAUUUUGUCACGUUGGGUCAUGGAUUGUUCAUCUGCAAGAGUCAGAUAUUAAGAUGAAAGAGAAAAUAUGCGGAAAAARGGGGGAAAUAUUUUCCUUGGUGUAUAUUUUUUAAUGCUCAAUAAAGUCCUAAAAUCCA